ACAGAGAGAGAGACAGAGAGACAGAGAGAGACAGAGAGACAGAGAGAGACUGUUAGGUUAGCUGUACGUGCGCAUUUAGACGCCUCCAUCAUUUUCAUUGUGUUCUGUAAUCUGUGGAAAUCAUUUCAGCUUUUGACCAGACACAAUCAUGAUCCUCCUGACUCCCUCCUCUGAUGAAGAGUCUCUUGAACUCGUCUGGCUUUGGAAUCACAGGAAGUUCAGGAUGAAAAACACUUGAACGGUUGCUACUGCAACUUUUAAAUUAUCUAAAACCUUUGCAGGUCAUUGUCUGUGCAUACUGUAUUGGGCAGUACUACGACUUGAGAGAAAAUCAAAAGCUCACACAAGAGGAGGGCAGACAGAAAACAGAGAUUUCUUUGUCACGGUUUGGGGCAGUUUUUGGCAAGAAUGAGGCAAAAGUCAUUCCAUCUUGCUGACUAAAAUAGUGAAUUUAAGUUUAACUAUCGCUGACACAGCAAAAAAAACAAAACUAAACAUAUUGAGUAUUAGUACGUUUGUUCAUUUAUUACUGUGGAUGAUAUAACUCCAUGUGUUUGGGCACAAACUGCAUGUUAGAGAAGCUUGGAAGGAGAAGUAGAAGUAGUUUUUAUCUUCAUACCACAAUCUCCAUUGAAGCCAAAGGCUGCUGUGGUAUUAAUAGACUUGAAGUUAAGCUAUGUGAGUGCUUUUGCCAUGUCCUUGUCUGAGGUCACUAGGCUUGAUCAGUGUUAAUGGGCUAAUUGAUCUCAUGUCUGGUAUGUGUCAACGCAGUAGGUCCAGUUUAGACUCACUGUAGCCAGUGGUUUAGUCCCUCUACGUGUUCAUAGCUUGUUCCCCACACCAGUUUUUUUUCUGUGUAUUUGAACGCUUGAUAAAAACCAUGUUUGAGUGCCAUAACACUUCACAUGCAUCAUGCUCAUAUAUUUCCAAACAUUAUCUAGAUAUUGAAUUUUAAUGCAUGAAAUUGUGGCCAUUUUUUCCCUAAUAGUUAAAAUGUGUAGAAUAUCGUAAACUGGCUCUCUGUGAUGUUGCAUGCUGGAGACUGCGCACCCAUUAUUGAAUGAAUAUACAGUAACACAAUGCAUUUUAGUGAUCUGAAAAAUGGAUGAAUGAAUCGUAAGGUUGGUCUGCGUCCAAUAAACAUACAUCUUGGUAAGUGAUGCUUCUUUCUACAUAAGACUGGGAUUCAGUUUUAUUGUAAUAGCUUAAGUCAAAUAGAAAACAUUAGAAGGUAUACAACAUAUAAUUCUACAAUUACUGUGUGACUGGUGUUUUAUAUUAUUUACACCCUUUUCCUCUCACCUGCACAGAUGUUUUGACUCUAACUGGGAUAUAAUUAGUAGACUAUUCCCAUUCGGUCAACUAAAGGUCAGCUGGUAUGGUCACCCAAUCAUAGAAGGGGAUUUAGCUUUUCUCUUAAACCACAGAAGAGUUAUCGACCCAACACGGGCAGCGACUAACUGCUGCUGUUGUGUGGUCUCAGGUUUUUUCCAGUGCACCAACAAGCUCUUUCUGAACGAUCAGUCCGCUGGGAUCCACCUCAAGGAGUUUGCACGUAAAAAUGCGGCAAAUGCUCUGUCGGUUGCCAACAUGGUCAUGGGCAUGUCCUCCAUUCUCAGCUGUCUAAACGGGCACCGUCAUGCUGCAUGUUGGCUGGUUCUGAUUGGCUACCUGCUGGAUUUUGCAGAUGGAGCAGUUGCCAGGCGACUCAAUGCCUGCUCUGCACUGGGUGCAAAGCUGGAUGAUUUUGCUGACUUCACAACUUUUGGCAUUGCCACGUCGCUGCUCCUGAGGACACCGGACCUGCUGGACAACAUCCUGUGCAUGUGCUACGUCCUAUCCGUGUUUGUCCGCCUCUGCUUCUUCUCAACUGGGAUCCCGUUCAUGUACCGCGGUCUGCCCUGCAUCUACCCCUCAGCCAUUCUGGCCAGUGCCUCUCUGCUGUCUGGGGGAAACAUGGCCCUGCUGCGUGUGACUGCAGUGGCCAUGAUCCUCUUCAUGAUCAGUCAGAGCUUCUACCCACAUGACAAAAUGCUGGAGUCCCAGGCCUGGAAGAAAGUCGUUUUUGCCGGAGGCGUUGUCAUGGUCUUCUGCUCUUGCUUCCCCUCCGCCUGCGUGUACUACCUGCUGUGGUCCGUCUCUUACAUUUUGUUCCCGACAUCCCUCUGGAGCAGUAAAGUGUAAAAAGGAUUUGCUGGAUUUGUGUAAAACUCCCAGUAGUUUUACUUCUGGCCCAUCUGGCCCACGUAGGCUUCCAGACUGCUGCUGUUGCCACGGAGGAUUCAAGCUGAACACGCUCAUGCUCCAAAGAUGAACUCUGUUUUAAUGUUUAUUUUGAUGAGACAGGGAAGGCGUGUCUUUGCUGCAUUUUCGCUCAGGCCCGAACGUCGGUCGCCUUGUUCCGCCAACUGAUUUUUCAUCGGGAUUAUCUCGCGUGUAAUCUCCCUACUUUGGUAUUGAUUCAUUUUUGAACAGGUGGCAGCAGGGCAUGACAUCUUCACGCAUGAUAACUGAAAGAGGAUUUCGCACAAAAACUACUAACCGUACAGCAUCCUCUUCUGCAUAAUCUUAGCACUGUGCGUAGUAUAACUGGGCUACAGUAUUUAGGUAUAGGCUCUUUAAUCCAUGGGCCGAUUACGUAAAUUCUCAGCAGUGUAUGCUUGUUUGUGUCCGGGUUGUUUUCAGUUUAUCUUCAUUAUAUUCGGGUGUAAUUCAUCAGGGUCAGGAUUUUAACAUAGCGAGAGAGAAUUUAGUUUUCUUGUUGUUUAUGUGUUAGUCUCCUCCCACCACUCGGGGAAAGGAUGCACUGUCAAUUUACACAGCGAUUUACAAUGUGAGGAAAUUGAUAAAAGAGGAAGUUUUUCACUGUGUGGUUAUGAUUUUAGAGAAUUGUUUAGUUUCUAUCGAAGCACAAGAAGAUCUUAUUUCAAACUUAAAAAAAAUCUUAAAACCCACAAGACUGCGAGAAACUAAAACACCUCUCGUUCAGAAACAUUGAAUAGAAAAAUGGGUCACUACACUUUGCUGUUUGUACGUAUCAAAGGGGUUGAAGUGUUAUCCUAUAAAUAAUAUAUAAUAAUAAUAAUAAUUUAGUGUUUCUGUUACGUGUGUUUUUUUCUUUUGGGCCAUUGCAUGAUUUACUUCUGUUUUAAGAGGCUGUGCAGUCACAAACAUUGAAUCCAUCAUUCACAACUGAGUCAGUGAUAACACGACAGGUUUAUUAACAAGUUAUUAAAAGAAAAAAGAAAAGUGAAUUACUGAAUAGCCCUGCAGCAGCAGUUGUCUUCCACAUGUGUGUCAUAUACAUUUAGAAUUAUAAGGGCAACAGCAUACUGGGCUGUUAAUCUUGCGUUUCCUGCCAUCUAGUGGGCACAAGUCUCAUUCUACUGCUUCCAAGAAUGCAGUGCGGCAGAAGUGACUCUUCCUUUGACUUUGCUACUGCACUCAUUUUUGUAGUCCUUCUUUUCUUUUCUUUUAGCAAACAUAACAUUUUGACAUCACUCUGGUGAAGAUGACAUCAUUUUAUGUUAUCUAUUGUUAUCCAUCCCAUGCUUUCUUAUAGGAUCAGGAUAAAGGGAAUGACAUUGUUCACCAUUUGAAAUUGUGUGGUUUUUAACUGUUUGAACCUUAUAACCCAUAACUCACUGGCUUGAACCCAUAAGGUUCCUGACAUGGUUCAUGUUGAUUAAUGUUGUGUAAAGUGCAUACACAGACUGAACUCUAUACUACUAUGCAAUCAGCUUCCCGGUGUGAUGUAUGCAAGCUGAGAGCGUUAUAGAUACAGAAACUGUCCUUUGCCCAGUGAUAGAAAAGAAGACCUUGCGGAAUAAUGAGAUCUGUGCUUUUAAAUCUGUACAUUUUGACAAUAUAGAGGAGAAUAAAAUAACUUAAGAAUUUCA